GGACACUUCAGAUCAGGACAGGAGUAGCGACACUAACCAGGUAGCGCAAGAAAGACCAAGUGGAUCCUAUAAAACCUUCUUCCUUUGGACCGGAUAAUCCAGCAUCCUUAUCCCAUCAACGAGGAACCAUGAAGUCUCCAAAAUUGAAUUCUCAGGUCAAAUCGACUUUUGUGGACGAGGAAGACCUUAAUGACGUGCUCUGUGAAUUCGACGCGGUGAUGGAGGACUUCUCGUCGCCGCUGGAGAAGCGUCACUUCAGAUACGACGAGCACCUGAAGACCAUGAAGAGACGCAGCAGCGCCAGCGUCAGUGACAGCGGCUUCAGCGACUCAGAAAGUGCAGAGUCACUGAACAGAAACAGCCUCAGCUUCAGCGAUGAGAGACUUAAUUCCCCCACUGUGAUGUCACCUGCCACGAGCUCACCUCCCCUCCUGUCACCCAAAGCCAAACUGGGCGACACCAAAGAACUGGAGGAUUUCAUCGCCGACCUCGACAAGACAUUAGCGAGCAUGUGAUGAGGGGACACCGUGGACACCCCUCCUGGAGUGUAGCCAUGGAGAGGCGAUGGAGGAAGUCAGAAGACACCACCCAGCGGCCCUACCUCCCCCUCCACACUCUCUCUCUCUUCCCCGCUCUAUGAUCCUCAACCACGGCCGAAUACAGCCGGGCGCGCCAGGCGAUUCAACAUCAGGACCCUAUUCUCUCCAACCCCCCCCCCCCCC